UUAUCACCUGUGUCUCUGUCGGGCCAAGAUUUGCGGUGAAAUGCGAUCACCACUUGACGGAUGAACACACUGUGGAAAACUUAAUUCUAAUCCGGAUGAAGAAGAGAUGAGAGCGUUUAAAUUGUUGCUCGCGAUCCUGCUUUAUAUUCCGCAAUUCUCAAGUCACUUCAGCUCAAAUCGUUCAUUAUUCCUUGAAACGGAAUUGUAAGCACGUGACGACAUUUUGAAACUCGAAAUUGACGAAUAUCAAGAAAACAAGCUCGGACUUGGCAAGGUAUUUGCAUGACCAUCAGUACGUUUAAAAGGCACCUCAUGUACUCUUGUCCAGCUUUCGGUGGAGAUUCUGGUGCCGCAAUUGUAUGAAAGAUAGAUUUUUGCUGGCGUCCACUUGGAAACAAUCAAUGCGCUCGUGAGCAAAUUGAACGCAGAUAGAUCAGUAAGGAUCGUCUAACUGGUGUGGGGAAGUCUCUGAAAAACAUCGUCAGUAGCGGACUAGCGCAAGGUUUUUAUGCUCUCAUCGCAUCUGUACUACAUGUCCAUUGUACAUCAGCGUGGUCUCUAAGACCCUCGAAGUGGUCUUUCAAUCUAAAAAAUACGUUAAUGUUGUCUCUAAAACCCCAUUGCAAUACAUUUACGUGCACUGUAGCACAACUACAUAUAUACUGAACUUUUACUCGAAGACUAAGAUGAUAAGCUCUUGUACAAGGUGCUCGACUCCAUUUCGAUGUAGCAGUGGUCACUUCACGCUAAACGACAGCAAUGUUUGCCGCGCUAAAAAACAGAAACAUUACUUGCACCACCGUUGAAAGAAAAGCCUCAACCUAUCGAACUUCUGUUACUAGCGCAAAUAAAUUCACAUUGUUCCCUUAUCACCUGACCGAUUUUACCCCCGUCAUUUUAAUCGCAACUUUCACAAAGAAUUUUGAAAUGAGAUGUAUGGGGGCUUUCAUUGACUUGAUUGAAUUCAUGUCUCAAUUAAAUGAUACACAAGGUAUGACAGCAAACCGAGAUUUUUAUCAGAAUCAAUCAAAAACGAGCGAUCAGCACUGCUGAGUACUUACGCGAGUAAGCCCCUCUAAUAUAGCAGCUUCAACUUUGCAUAAUCAAACCAUUCAGUUCAUGCGUUUGCUCAUAAAAAACUUACAAAUUAUUAUCGAA